AUGGCGGAUCGCUACUCGUUCUCGCUCACCACCUUCUCCCCCAGCGGAAAGCUGGUACAGAUUGAAUAUGCCCUCAACGCCGUCAACCAAGGUGUCACCGCCCUAGGCAUCAAAGGUCCGCACACAUAUACCCUCAUCAACCACUCAAAUAGUAACCUCGUCUCCCAGNCCACCAACGGUAUCGUUCUCGCAACCGAAAAGAAGUCAUCCUCGCCCCUCAUCGAUGCCGCCUCUGGAAGCAAAAUCUCCCUCAUCACCCCAAACAUUGGUACUGUCUACGCCGGCAUGGGUCCCGACUACCGCAUUCUCGUCGACAAGGCUCGCAAGGUCUCGCACACAAACUACAAGCGCGUCUACAACGAAUACCCUCCCACUCGCAUUCUGGUCCAGGAUGUCGCCCGUGUCAUGCAAGAGGCUACCCAGUCAGGUGGCGUGCGGCCGUAUGGUGUCAGUUUGUUGGUCGCCGGAUGGGAUGACGGUAUCGAGCCUGAGACCGAGGCUGCCGACGCUGGUGAUGAUGCGGAAAAGAAGGCUAUCAAGGGCAAGACUGGUGGUAUCCUCAAAGGCGGUCCUUCGCUGUACCAGGUCGAUCCUAGCGGUUCCUACUUCCCCUGGAAGGCUACUGCCAUCGGAAAGAGCGCCACUUCGGCAAAGACUUUCUUGGAGAAGCGCUACACAGACGGUCUCGAGCUUGAAGAUGCCAUCCACAUUGCUCUCCUCACACUCAAGGAGACUAUCGAGGGCGAGAUGAACGGUGACACCAUCGAGAUUGGUAUUGUUGGUGCACCUGCCGAUCACCUUCUAGGUGUUGAGGGUGUCGAGGGUGCUCAAGGUCCUCGUUUCAGAAAGCUCAGUUCUCAAGAGAUUGAGGAUUACCUGACGAGUUUGUAG